AUGAGCUACGAUGCCGCAUCGUUUUUCCGCGGCAUUUCUGCCAGGCUGAGUGCGGCGAGGCAGUCAUGUAGUGACAGUGGAACGCGGAGGCGGGUAGAGGAUGAUGAUGAGCCGCAGCAGCCCGUCGCUCCACCCCCAUUGUCGACGAUAUCAUCAUCGCCGGUACAGCCGCAACCCGCGACGUGCGCGGACAGGGCAGUGAGCGCAACCAUAGCGGCAAACGCAUUAGGGACUAUUGUUUCUCUUGCUAGGAGCUCUGGUAUACCCACCUAUGCUCCUGCGGCGGGGGAUGGUGUUGGCUCCGCUAGGCUUUCCGUGCAUAGCGCGCAGGUUAGUGGAGCGUUCAUGACGCAGGUGCAGCAAGGGCCAGGGCCGCUGAAAAGGCGUGGCUCGGCGUUGACAGGUAAUCCUAUUCUGUGUGCUGGUAGGGACGUCGUUGUCGGCACCAAUGGGAUCUCCUCCGAUGAGGGUGGUGUGACGGAGGACAAGGAAGGGGGUAAUGGCAGCAACAGCAACACCGUUAGCAGCAGCGGCAGCACUGAGAGCGAGAAGAAGUUACCGUUACAUGAUUUUGUGACACGAAGAAAGAAAAUUAAAAAUAUGCCAACAAACACGUCGCCUGUCAUCGCUAAGAAUCAUCCCUCGCUACUCCCGCCGAAGUUGCCGCUGCAUGAGGGGAAGAAGACGCUUAUUUUGGAUCUUGAUGAGACGCUUGUGCACAGUUCACUCGUACAACAAGCGAGGCACCAUGACUUAGUACUCAACAUCCCAGUGGGCAGCGGUGCAACCACCGUAUACGUGGCAUACCGCCCCUUUUUAAGGCAGUUUAUUGACGCUAUUGCGGAACACUUUGAGGUGGUCGUCUUCACAGCGUCUGUGUCCAGGUACUGUAACGCAGUCAUGAAUGCCGUGGACCCAGGUGGCGUUUUGGGCCCUCUAAGACUUUACCGUGAACACUGUAGCAUCUUGAAUGGGGCAUAUGUGAAGGAUCUCUCACUGCUCGGGCGUGACUUGAAUCAGAUGGUUAUUGUGGAUAACAGCCCAGUGACGUAUUUAUUUCAGCAGCGAAACGCCAUACCUAUCCCCUCAUGGUUUGAAGAUCCCAACGACAUGGAGUUGAAGCGUCUGCUACCUAUAGUAGAAGCCCUUGCCAGGGCGGAAAACGUGUAUGAUGUUUUGGAUGACUACAACGCGGUACUGCAGCUGAAACAGGAGCAGAUGCGGGGCGGAGAAUAA